AUGGGUCACGGAAAUGCAAGCAAUCCUUUCUUGGCACCCACUGUACAAUGGUCAGUUGGCUUGUUUGAUUGCUGUGAUAACAUGGGCGACUGCUGCUGUGCUUGGAUAUGCCUGUGUUGUUUCAUGCAUAGUCUGGGAAAGAGUAUCAACGAAGAUUCGAUAUUGGGCUGUUGCAUUACGAGUCAAAUAGCUGUUUAUCGCAUGAAAAUUCGAUCGGUUCUUCAUAUCGAAGGAUCAGCAUUGAACGAUUGUAUGACAGCAUCUUGCUGUGGAGUAUGCACUGCUGUGCAAAUGAAAUCGGAAUUGAAAAACCGUGGCUUGGCCUAG